AAGAUGUUACAAGCAACCGUGUUACAUCUUCCAAAAUUUCCAAAAUCACUGCACUCACCAUCUCCAAUCAAUCAAAAUAAUCUGCAACCAAAAAUGCCAAAAAUCACUAGCAACACUUCAUCAAUAUAUUCCGAUGAUCAAAACUCUAAUACAAAGGUUGUUGUAGAAAUCCAAGAAAAGAAGCAACAAUCUCUUCUUACCACAAUCUUUUACUCAUUGGAUGAUUUUGUCUCCAACUUGUUAGACUCAUCACCUCUCCCUCCAUCAAUCGAUCCCCACCACCUCCUCUCCGGCAACUUCGCGCCGGUGGAGGAGCUUCCCCCCACCGCCUGCGAGGUGGUGGAGGGAUCCCUCCCCACCUCCCUCAACGGCGCCUACAUCCGCAACGGCCCAAACCCUCACUUCUUCCCGCGCGGCCCUUACCACCCCUUCGACGGCGACGGCAUGCUCCACUCCAUCUCAAUCUCCGGCGGCCAGGCCACCUUCUGCAGCCGCUACGUCAAAACCUACAAGUUCAAAACCGAGGCCGAAAACGGCCGCCCCUUCUUCCCCAGCCCCUUCUCCUCCUGCCACGGCGGCCUCGCCACCGCCGCGCGGUUCCUCCUCACUGUAGCGCGCGGCGCUUUCGGCCAAUUCGAUCCCUCCGCUAACGGAUUCGGAACCGCCAACACGAGCUUGGCGUGUUUCAACGGAAAUUUAUACGCUCUAUGCGAGUCGGAUCUACCCUACCAAAUUCAGCUCGCUGAGGAUGGUGACAUCAUCACAUUAGGCCGCUGCGAUUUCGGCGGCGGCCGCGAUAUGACGGAGAGGAUGACCGCGCAUCCGCAUUCCGAUCCCGACUCAGGCGAAGUUUUCGCGUUCAAAUGCAACGUUUUCGCGCCGUUUCUGGCGUUUUUCAAAAUCGAUUCGGGAGGGAAAAGAGGAUCGGAUUUAACGAUCUCGUCGAUGAAGAGGAUGGCGUGCGUACAUGAUUUCGGACUCACGAAGAGAUUCAUCGUGUUUCAGGAUGUGCAGAUCGAGAUGGAUCCGGUGGAGGUGGUGAUGGGGCGGACGCCGCUGGUGUGCCACCGCGAAAAGGUGCCGCGCGUCGGGAUUUUGCCGCGAGAGGCGGCGAACGACGGCGGAGUGGUGUGGAUCGAGACGCCGGGGUUGAAUCUGCUCCAUAUCACCAAUGCUUGGGAGGGAGACUGCGGCGGAAGGAUUGUGAUCGUGGCGCCGAAUUUCCUCGCGGCGGAUCGGGGAUUCCUCGACACGAGUUUGAUGCAUUCGCGGUUUGAAAUGAUCGAAUUGGAUAUUAACGAGAAGAAGGUGGUUUCGAGAUGUGUGUUGAGCAGGAAGAACAUGGAAUUUGGAGUUAUUAAUCAAGCUUAUGCUGGAAAGAAGAACAGAUAUAUGUAUGCGGCGGUUAUAGCUGAAAUGCCGAAGGCGGGUGGGGUUGUGAAGAUUGACUUGUCGAAAGCUGGAGCGGAGGGCAGCGAUUGCAAGGUGGCGAUGCGGGAGUUUGGGGAGGGAUGUUACGGUGGGGAGCCGUAUUUUGUGGCGGGGGAGGGGGCGGAGGAAGAGGAUGAUGGAUAUUUAGUAACAUAUGUGCAUAAGGAGAGUAGUGAGGAGUCUUGGUUUUGGGUGAUGGAUGCCAAAUCCCCAACACUUGAGAUUGUUGCUAGGGUUAGGUUGCCAGGUAGGGUUCCUUAUGGCUACCAUGGUCUAUUUGUUCCGGAAAAACACCUAAAACUCUUGUGA